AUCUACACUGAUAAUCAGGGCAUUGAUCGACAGUGCCCUGAUUAUCAGUGCAGCCCUAUCAGUGCUGCCUUUCAGUGCCCAUCUGUGAUGCCUCUCAGUGUCCAUCAGUGAAACCUGUCAUUGCCCAUCACUGCUGCCUAUAGUGCCUCCUCAUCAGUGCAGUCUAUUAGUACCAAUCAGUGCUACCUAUCAUUGCCACUUUUCAAUGCCACCUGUCAGUGUCCACCAGUGCCAGCUGUCAGUGCUGAACAGUGCCACCUGCCAGUGCCCAUCAUCAGUGCCACCUAUCAGUGCUGCCAGUCAGUGCCGCCUAACAGUGCCAGUCAGUGCCGCCUAUCAGAGCCACCUAUCAGUG